UGGAGUAUUCACAGGGGUGCGCACGGAGGGACAGUCUGAAAUGAUUCUCGCGAGCCUCUCGGCUCAGUCAGCCGCUGGGCCAUCGACAUCGCGGCCCGCAGAAGCGAUGGCGUCGGCCGGCAGUGCGAGCCCCCUGCGGGCCCAUCCGAGCACUUCGUCGCCCUCGACGCCGGGCACGCCGACGACGGGGCGGCCCUUCUGCACCCUGACCGACUUCGGGUUGAAGCUGGUGUCGCACUCGCUCCAGGAGUCCCAGGAUGCCAACGUGUGCCUGUCGCCGUUCGGCGUGGCCGUCGCCCUGGGAAUGGCCAUCGUGGGUAGCGGCGACGCCACCACCUCGCAGGUGGUGCACGCCCUCGGCGCCAUCGACUCCAACAACCUGUACCGCACCUGCGAGAAGAUACUCUCCAUGCUCAACAGCGCCAUGCCCAACACCAAGGUGUCGCUGGGCAGCAGGAUGUACGUGUCCAACGAAAUACCGGUCCUGCCCGAGUUCAGGGAGACGCUGGUGGAGACCUUCUCGGGCGAUCUGGGCAGACUCAACUUCAAGGAUAACCCGCAGGCGGCCGCUCAGGAGAUCAACGCUUGGGCCGCCCAGGCGACUGAGGGCAACCUGACGCAACUGCUUCGAGAAGGCGACGUGACGAGGAGCACUCGACUCUUGCUGGUCAGCGCCAUCUACUUUCGGGGUGUCUGGGGCGAGCCCUUCUAUGGACCCAUCAAGGCGCCUUUCUACGUCACCGCCAGGGAGACGGCGCAAGUGGACAUGAUGGAGUCGUGCCGCGCGGCCCUCUACUGCCGCAGCACGCACAUCCCGUGCGAGGCACUCGAACUGUCGUACGUCUGCCGCUCGCUGAGCUUGCUCUUGAUCCUGCCCGACCCGCACGUUUCGCUGGGCAAGCUGGUGGCCGUGCUCAACUACAACUCCGUGCGCCGCUUGCUCAAGGACCUCAAGCCGGUGCAGUCGAUGGCCGUGUGGAUCCCGCGCUUCCGGCUGCAGAAGUCGUACGAGAUGGUGCCGGCCCUCAAGGCCCUCGGCAUCACCAACCUGUUCGACGACCGCAUCGUCGACCUGAGCCGCAUGACGGGCGCGCGUACGGGCCUCUGCGUCGACAACUUCAUCCACGAGGCUCUGUUCGACACCACCGAGGAAGGGCUGGGCGAAGUGACCCGACCGCCGAACCCACUCGAUGCCUCCAUGAUUGCGUUCCGUGCCAACAGGCCGUUUCUGUACGUGCUGAUGCACCACUUCAACCAUUCCAUCGUCUACAUGGGCGCCGUCUGCAGACCAUGAACCGCUUCUGUCCCGUCGCUGGGCUCAUCUGACAAAUGAACAGGCUUUCCACGAACUGUUUUUUUUUAUCCGGAUAUUGUCUGACCGUCUCGCAGCUGUUCGAGUUGCCUAUAGUGCAGAAUCAAACUAGCGUAAGCCCAUGUUCGCACUAAUAUUCCUGGGCCGAUUCGCAGCGAGCGUUGAUAAAUUUUCUAGAACAGGUUGCCAUACGUCCUGCCUGCACAUGAAUAAAAUUUACUCAUAAACCAGGUCCCAAAAGAUCGAAGAACCCUCGUCCGUACUCCCAUUCGUGACGUCAUGCGAUCGUUGCUGAAGCGCCACAGUCAAGUCUCCCUACUGUCCACGUAACCUAUGCCUGGAAUGAGUUUGUAGCUACAUGCCAUUACGCUGGUCAUUACGGUUGUGCGCGCUUCGGCUUGCAGCAGCGUUCGGCCACUGUAUUUUAUUGAAGCUACCCCGAAGGAAUACAGUGUAGGUAUUGAAGCUACACUGUAUUGAAGCUACCACAUUCCAUGCCAAUCUCGCUUGUAUUCGCUGCUGCUUUUUGCGCUGCCGCACUCUUCUAUGGCACAACUAACGUGCAAAUGUAAUAGACAGUUCAUCGGAACACCGUUUGGUCAGAUACAUUAUUAGUAGAAGAGGUCACUGACCUGUUGUGCACAAACAAAGUUUGAGGUUUCGGCAUCUAUACCUCUCCUACAGCCCAACCUAUCCAGAGGAAACGCCCUCACACUUGGACAACAACAAUCACUUUUCCGCACGGCGAAUUACUUCACGCUAUGUAUCCAACCAACUACGACUACAAAAGUAAGAACUAUCAAGUGCCCAACACUCUCUGUCAUAUGGUAUGGGAAUGCGAUCACGACACAUACACAUACACACCCGUUUGCCUACGAACCGCGGAGCAGUGGAAGCACCAGCUGACCAGCUCAAGCCUUGAGGACCAGUCCCGACCGGUGGACAAGGCCAGACUGGCGGCGAGGGACCAUGGUAUCCUGGACUGAGGAAGCCGCCCACCUAGGGACGACCAAAAGUUUCGUC